AUGGCAGCUGAAGUCGAAAAGAAACCGGUUCUUGAGAUGGUCCAGGCUGAUGGGGCCGAUGACGGCUGUGUGACGUUUGUGAUGCACAAUGAAGAUCAUACGCUGGGCAACUCCCUCAGAUAUAUGAUCAUGAAGAACCCGGAUGUGGAGUUCUGUGGGUACACCAUCACCCAUCCUUCCGAGAGCAAGAUCAACUUUCGCAUCCAGACACGAGGAGGGAUUCCAGCUGUGGAGCCUCUGCGAAAAGGCCUCAGUGAUCUCCAUGAUGUUUGUCAACAUGUCCUCAACACCUUUCAGGCCAGAGUUACAGAGUUCAAAGACGGGCAGGAGAAACCUAUGGAAUAAACGUCACAAGGGAAACCGUAAAGAUUCACCUUUAUUCCACAAGAAACUCGAUGCUCUUCAGAAACCCAACAAGCGUUCCUUUAAAUAUUUGUACAGUGCAGUCUUUUUCUAUUCUUAUUUUGUAUGAAGCUGUG